UUCCGGGGACAGGCUAGGGUUUGCGCCGAUGCUCCAGGCAUGAAACGCGAGCGGGAGGAGGCAGCAGCGGCGGGCAAGGAGGAGCGCGACGGGGCUGCUGCGAUUCGCCACUGCCCAGGUUUGAUGGCGCACGCCAAUGGCGGCAGCGGCGACGAGCAAAAGAAGGCGGCGGCGGCGGCGGCGACGAGGAGCAACAAGUAUGAUCGGCAGCUCCGGAUUUGGGGCGAGCACGGGCAGGGCGCGCUGGAGCAAGCCAGCGUCUGCCUCUUGAAUUGCGGAGCCACGGGCAGCGAGGCGCUCAAGAAUCUCGUCCUGGGAGGGAUUGGCAAUGUCACGGCCGUGGACGGGGGAUUGGUCCAUGAAUCCGACCUUGGCAACAAUUUCCUCCUCAGCGCCGAGAAUCUAGGCCAGCCGCGAGCCAAGAGCAUGGCCGCAUUGCUCCAGGAGAUGAACGACUCGGUGUUGAUCGACCACAUCGACGCCUCGCCCGAGUCUCUGCUUGACUCCGACCCGGGAUUCUUCGCGAGGUUCACGCUCGUGAUCGCCACCCAGAUGCGUGACAGGAGCUUGGUGAUCCUGGACGAGGUUUGCCGGCGCUUCUCCGUGAUGCUGCUCGUCGCGCGAUCCUAUGGACUGACCGGGUACGUGAGGAUCAGCCUCCGCGAGCACGCGGUGAUCGAGAGCAAGCCCGACAACACCGUGAGCGAUCUCCGGCUCCACAGGCCAUGGCCGGAGCUCACCACGUUCGUCGAAGAGUUUAACUUGGAGACCGAGGACUCUCUCGUCCACAAGCACAUCCCUUUCGCGAUCAUCCUUCUCAAGGUGUGUGAGGAGUGGAGGAGCAAGCACGGCGGCGCUCUCCCGUCGACCACCAAGGAGAGAUCCGAGUUUAAGUCCCUGGUGGCGUCGAAGAAGCAGGCACAGGACGAGGACAACUACAAGGAGGCGGUGGCGGCGGCGAGCAAAGUCUGGUCUCCGCCAUCGCUGAGCUCGGAAGUGAAAGCCAUCCUGGAAGACGGCGCUGCCGACGUCGACUCUAGCUCCUCGGACUUUUGGAUACUCGUGGCGGCGCUCAAGAGAUUCGUGGCCUCGGAGGGUGGCGGAGAGUUUCCACUCGACGGUGCCAUCCCGGACAUGCAUUCUUUCACCGAGUACUACAUCCUCCUCCAGCGCUGCUACCAGGCCAAGGCCGAGUCGGAUGUCUCGGCCGUGGAAGCCCACGUAAGGAGCAUCCUCUCGCAGCUGGGAAGAGAUCCGGACUCCAUCUCCAGGGCCGCGAUCAAGCACUUUUGCAAGAACUCGAGGAACUUGAGGGUGCUGAGGUACCGCUCGCUGGCGGAGGAGCUGGGCUUGAAAGAGGUCGGGGCCAAGCUCCAGAAGUAUCUCCCGUUCGAGGGAGACAACACAAACUACGCGAUCUACCUCAUGUUUCGAGCGGUGGACAGAUUCGCCGAAGAGUUUGGGAGGUUCCCGGGGGCUAUGGCGGACGAGACGGUGGAGGAGGACGCGGCCAAGGUCGGGGCGAUUGCGCACAAACUGGCGGGCGAGAUUGGACUGGACGGUGGCGUCUCGGAGGAGCUCGUGUACGAGUUUUGCCGGUUUGGAGGCGGGGAGAUCCACUGCGUUGGCGCUGUCGUCGGGGGGAUUGCGUCGCAGGAAGCCAUCAAGCUGGUGACCAAGCAGUUCACUCCCACAGCGGGGACGCUCAUCUACAACGCGAUCAGCUCCACCACCACAAUUUUCCAGCUCUGAGAGUCGAAGGAACGCCAUCUUUUCUCUCUCCUCUUUUUCCUUUUUUUCUCUCGCUUCUCUCAAUAUUAUUUUUAAUCCGCGAUUCAA